CUCACUCUUCUGUGUAUAUUACAAAAUACGCUUUGUCGUGUUUUGAGGUAUUGUAAAAAGGGCUAUGUCAGACGCUGAGGAAGACAGUAGCCCCUAUGAGCAGGGUGAACUGGCCCCCAGCCCUGACUACAGAGAACAGGACGAUGACCCUGAUAGUCAGCUUUCGCUAUCUCCACAAUCAAGGGAAGCUAUAGAUGAUGAUGAAGACGAAGAUGAAGAUGUUGUACACACAAGCAAAGACAAAAUUGAUGAUGAGGAUGGCCUAGACAUCAAACCACCCCAGGUACAGGCCGGGCGAAAGGAGCGGAAACACAAACAUAAAGACGAUCGUCGCCGUGACAAGGAAAGACACGCUCAGUCACGAGAAAAGAGUGAUAGGCAGCCAAGAGAGAAAGAUAGAUCCUCACGUAGUGCCCAUGGUUACAAUCGUGAGCCACAGAGAUCCAGAAAACAGGAUAUGAGAGAACGGGAGGUCAGGGAUACAAGAGAUACUUAUCGCGAAUCUAAAGAGAAGGAACGAGAGCGUCGAGUCAAGGAGGAAGAGAAGAGGCAAAAAUCUCGUAUAGAGAGAGAAAGGCUGGAAAGAUUAGAGAGAGAGAAGGAAAGAGACAGAAUAAGAGAAACAAGGGAGCGUAAAGAAUUAGAAAGACGAAAACGCAGAGAGGAGGAGGAACGAGAAAAAGCAAGAGCAGAAGCUCUAUACAGACGUGAAAGGGAGAAGGGUAAAAAAGCAUUAAAACAGUCAAGGGUACGGAGUCGAAGUCGAGAACGACAAUUUACCAGUGAUCCACACAGAGAUAAAAAAUCUCGUCAUCGUAUGAAGUCACCAGAGCCAGAACGGUCAAGGCCCCGUGGGCCACACACACCUGAGGAGGAAUAUCCACAUGAGGUGGAGGAUAUGGAUGAGGAGGAGGAUGAAGAGGAGGAAGAGGACCAUGUCGCAUCCUCCCACGAGGGGCUUGCUGAAGGCAGUGACGCCCACAGUGGCGACUCGGACGUAUCUGUUGAGGAGGAGGACAGCGAGUCUGAUUCUGAUUCAGGAAGCGGCAGUAACUCCAACAUUGGUAGCGAGGACAGCCACCCAAAACACAGUGACAUGGAAGAUGACUUGCAUCAUCAGGAUCCAAUGAAAGAUAAUCUAAGGUCAAUAUUUGAUGACGAUGAAGAAGACGAAGAGUCGGACCCCGAGAGCGUUGCAUCCUCCGCACACGUGUCGGAACAGCACCAGGAUGAACGAAUGUACCUACAAGACACGCCCCCACAGUCUCCCGUGGAGCUGGCACCGGACCUCCCGCCAUACCUCCCCGCAAUCCAGGGCUGUCGUAAUGUUGAAGAGUUCCACUGUCUUAAUCGCAUUGAAGAAGGAACUUAUGGUGUUGUGUAUAGAGCAAGGGACAAAAAGACAGAUGAAAUUGUGGCAUUGAAGCGACUAAAGAUGGAAAAAGAGAAAGAGGGCUUUCCUAUCACUAGUCUAAGGGAGAUCAACACUCUACUAAAGGCUCAACACAUGAAUAUUGUUACUGUCAGGGAGAUUGUAGUCGGCAGCAAUAUUGACAAAAUAUAUUUAGUCAUGGACUAUGUGGAACAUGAUCUGAAAAGUCUGAUGGAGACAAUGAAGCAGCCAUUCCUUGUUGGUGAGGUGAAGACACUGUUGAAGCAGCUCCUUUGUGGGGUAGAUCAUCUCCAUGACAACUGGAUCAUACACCGGGAUCUCAAGACAUCUAAUCUUCUUCUCAGUCACAAAGGCAUACUCAAGAUCGGUGACUUUGGUCUUGCCCGGGAAUAUGGAUCACCUCUUAAACAAUACACACCUAUAGUUGUCACAUUAUGGUACAGAGCGCCCGAACUUUUACUAGGGUGUAAGGAAUAUGCCACAGCAAUAGACAUGUGGUCAGUCGGUUGUAUAUUUGCCGAGUUCCUGAUGAUGAAAGCGCUUUGGCCAGGGAAGUCCGAGAUCGAUGAAUUAAACAGAAUAUUUAAGGACCUGGGAACUCCUAACGAGAAAAUCUGGCCAGGUGUCGGCGAGUUACCAGGAAUGAAGAAAUGUACGUUCACAGAUUAUCCUUACAACACCAUACGACAGAAGUUUGGUUCCUAUUUCACAGAUGUGGGAUUUGACCUACUUAACAGAUUCUUAACGUAUAAUCCUGAGAAACGGAUCACAGCUGAGGAAGCCAUUAACCACGCUUACUUCAAAGAGUCCCCACUUCCUGUAGACCCCUCUAUGUUCCCUACGUGGCCUGCCAAGAGUGAACAGCCGCGCAAACAUCAGAACUCUCCGAAACCUCCAUCAGGUGGCAACGCAUACAAUAAACUUAUGGCUGAUGAAGAUGUUGAGAAAGUGAUUGCAUCCAGAGGAUUCCACCUGACCAAUGCAGCUAAAGGAGCGUCUGCUGUGGGGAUGGGCUUCAGUCUAAAAUUCUAGAGACGAGACUGAAAAUACUUCAUCUCUUACAGAUCUAGUGAAUUUCUGGAGACGAAAAACGAACUUAAGUCUGAAAUUCUAGAGAUAAGACCGAAAAUACUUCAUCUCUUACAGAUCUAGUGAACUUCAGUCUGAAAUUCUAGAGAUGAGACCGAAAUACUUCAUCUCUUACAGAUCUAGUGAACUUCAGUCUGAAAUUCUAGAGAUGAAACCGAACUUCAGUCUGAAAUUUUUGAGAGGAUACUGGAAAUACUUUAUCUCUUAAAGAUCUAGUGAACUUAAGUCUGAAAUUCUAGAGAUGAGACCGAAAAUACUUCAUAAAAAAAACCCCGAUAUGACCAGGAAUUUUUCAUCUGUUAAAACUCUAGCAAACAGACUGAAUGUCUCCAGCAGAGACUGGAAAUAUUGUAUCUCUUAAAAAUUCCUGUGAACAAAUUGAAAAUAGGUCUAUCUGAUAGCUGAACCAAAAUUUGACUUAAGAUACUAGAACUAUUCUGACUUAGAAAUUCUUGAUUUAGAACAUUAAUAUACUAACGAAAGAUCUUAAACAUUGAUUGUGUGCAAGGAUAAUUCUUGCUGAACAAAUAAGGAUAUCUGCCUUGUAACACUAAAGAGUGAUCUCAUAAUGUUGUCCUGUUGGAGAUUAGACACUGAUCCUGAAUUUUUUCACUCAGUGGAAAAGUUUAUUUCAGAGUGAAUUAAUUCAGAAACAGAAAUCUUACAAUCAGGUUGAGAUUUUGGUUUCUGACCUACAAUGUGUGAUAGAUUCUGUUAUUAUGGUACAUGAGGCUUGGAGAUCUGGAACAUCUGAUGUUGGAAUUUUCUAUCUUCUCAGAUUUCAAUGCCACCUUAACAUGACAAUAUUCUAGCAUAUAAAGGACGCAUAACCCACAAGGGAGAUAAUUUAGUCUUGGUGAUGAAUUUCUAAAUAUUAAACAAUACAGUUUUUUUUAUGUACAUUUGACAUUUAAGUUCUAUUUCCUUCUAGAUUGAUUUGUUUCUGGAUAUACAUUGAAAUAGAUUUCGUUUUAGACUUCAUCUGAAAUAAAUCUAUUACAUGUACAUGAAAUACAGGCAUUAAACUUCCAUUUUGAAGAGGAAUCUGAAUUCAUUACCAGAAAGAAAACCUAUCUAUGGAACUGGUCUGUGCAUUUAGUCAUAUGUUCAUUUAAAACAUCUCAUCCAAGAUAGUUCUGAGAAAAUCUUACUGAUCAUCAGAACAAGAAAACAUAAUUUUUGUGAGAAUGUUGGGUAAGAGUAUCAAAUAGAAUGGAAGAUAUCAUUAUUCAUGCACAGUUUAUAUGCAUCAGUUAUCUCCCUUGUAUUUAGAUUUUGGAACAAAACCCAUAAACUUCUGAUUAUUUUUUAUAGAAAUGUGGGAUAAUGUUUGAAAAACAAUAAAGUUAGUUACUUAGCUUCAACAUUCACAAUUUUGUAUUGAAAUUUAGAAAAACUCUCCUUAUCUUUAUGUUGAAAAUUAUUUUAGGAAAAUUCCUGGCCUCAUUAAGUUGACAGUGCAAGGUGUCCUUGGGUAAAAUUAUCAUUAUCUAAGAUUAAUUCCUUACUGACAUGUUGUUAGAGAAAAAAAAACAAAUCUGAGAAUUUUAUAACUACAGAAAAAAAUUCCAUUAAUUAAUGAGGAAUUAUUCAGUGACAUUUUUGUCAAUGGUUGCUGUACAGCUAUGAAAGAAAGUUAUAUUGAAGCGUUUCUCCUUAUGUUGUCCUUAUAUUGAAGAAUGUGGAAUUUCUUAUUAUUUAUUAUUAUAAGGAGAAUACAAAUGAAAGGAAAAAAAAUGAAUAUUUUUGGAUAGUAGAAAGAUAAAAUAGUAGGUGUGGCUGGUCUACACAAAGUGAAGUAUAUUAACAUUUAUUUCAACAUAAUGACAUUGAAGAAUUACUUGAAUUUAAAAUAGAUUUCUUUCUUCACAAUCAUUGUACAAAGGAGAGGAAAUGAAGACAGAGAGUUACUAAUGAAUCAUUUGUAUUGUAUGUCUGGUUUGAAAGUGAGUGGUGAGAAAAGUUUUCAUGUUAAAUGCCAAUCAUGUUUUUUAUUACGAAAAUAAAACAUGGUAACAAAGACAU